AUGACUCGCAAAGUAAGAAGUGAGUAUGCGCCCUGGAUUACAGAAAAUAUUAAGAGACAUAUCUACCACAGGGAUUUUCUUAAGAAAAAAGCGGUCAAAACUGGAUCUUCCAAUUUACAUGAUGCUUACAAAAGAGCUCGAAAUGAUUUAAAUAGAUUGAUUGAAAAGACUAAAACCGAAUAUUUUACGAGCAUAAUUAAUAAUACUGCUAAAAAUCCAAAAGAAAUGUGGAAGACAAUUAAUAAAAUUACAAACAAAAAGUCCAAGACAACAAAUAUAACUAAGAUCGUUGUUGAUGAUAAAGUGAUUGAGGAGCCAGAAGUUAUUGUAAAUACAUUUAACAACUUUUUCAAUGAAAUUGGAACAACUCUGGCUCAAAAAUUACCAGAAAGUACAAGGACACCCGAGUCAUAUAUUAAACCUGAGAAUGACUCUACAUUCGAAUUACAGAAUGUAACGGAGGUCGAGGUUUUUGGCAUAGUUUCAGCAUUAUCCUCAUCCAAAGCUACGGGCUAUGAUAGAAUAUCACCUAAACUUUUGAAAGACUCGGCCGGUGUGAUAACCUCUAGCUUAACUCAAAUAUUUAACCAAUCGCUGUUGACUGGUGUUUUUCCAGACGACUUUAAGGUCGCAAUUAUAUCACCAAUCUUUAAAUCAGAAAGCAAAUUAGAGUGCAAUAACUAUAGGCCAAUUUCAGUACUUUCAGUUGUAGCUAAAGUUUUUGAAAAACUUAUAUCAAAUCAAUUAUCAACAUUUCUGGAAACAAGAGGCAUACUCACACAACAACAGGCAGGUUUUAGGAAGAAAAACUCAACAGAAACAUCGCUUUUAAAUUCUACUAACAAGUGGUUUAUUAACAUGGACAAAGGAUAUUUAAAUGGAGUUAUUUUCCUAGACCUUAAAAAAGCUUUUGAUUGUGUAAAUCAUGAUAUUCUAAUUAGAAAACUAAAGUUGUAUGGGUGCAGUGAAAAUACUCUUUGCUGGUUUAAAUCGUACUUAACAAAUCGACGUCAGAUGUGCAAAAUUGGUCGUACUAUAUCUCAGGAACGUGUUAUUCGCUGUGGUGUACCACAAGGCUCUACUUUGGGGCCGUUAUUAUUUUUACUUUACGUAAAUGACCUCCCAAGUUGCCUAUCUCAUUCAAUAGCUAGUAUGUUCGCUGACGAUACAAAUUUAACAACAUCUGGGAAGUCCAUAGAAGAUAUACAAAACCAGUUAAAUUCUGAUUUAGAAAAUAUUCAUACGUGGCUGUUAACCAACAAAUUGACUCUUAACAAAGAAAAAACUGAGUAUAUGAUAAUUAGCUCUCGGCAACGGUUAGCGAAAAUUGAUGACGAUCCGAAGAUAAGUCUUGACGGUAUUGAUAUAAAAAGAGUUAAACAAGCAAAAACAUUAG